UAUAAAAACAUCGUAAUUCUUUUCUAGGGUUUUGAGGUGUUGUCUGUGCUUGUGUUGUUGGAUCUACUACCCUUCUUACUAACGUCACUAUGACUGCUCAAACCAAAGAAGAGCUUCUUGCUACCCAUCUCGAACAACAAAAGAUCCAUCAUGAUGAGCCUGUAGUUGAGGAUGAUGAUGAUGAUGAGGACGACGAUGAUGAGGAUGACGAUGAUGAGGACAAUGACAAUGCAGAAGGUCAUGAAAUUGAUGCAUCUGGUAGGUCCAAACAGACCCGAAGCGAAAAGAAGAGUCGUAAGGCAAUGCUGAAACUUGGAAUGAAACCAGUUACUGGUGUCAGUCGUGUGACAGUCAAGAAGAGCAAGAAUAUCUUGUUUGUCAUCUCCAAACCUGACGUUUUCAAGAGCCCAACUGCCGACACCUACAUUAUAUUCGGGGAAGCUAAGAUUGAAGACUUGAGCUCACAGCUACAAACUCAGGCAGCAGAGCAGUUCAAGGCCCCUAAUUUGAGCAACGUUGGAGCGAAACCAGAAUCCUCCGGUGUUGCUCCAGAAGAUGAGGAUGUAGACGAGACUGGUGUAGAUCCAAAGGAUAUUGAGUUGGUGGUUACUCAAGCUGGUGUGCCAAGAUCAAGAGCUGUGAAGGCUCUCAAAGCUGCCAAUGGUGACAUUGUUGCUGCUAUUAUGGAGCUAACUAAUUAAUGAUCAGAAUUGGUACUACUUUAGAUUUUGGAAUGUGGAGCUAUUUUUCUUUGUGGUCAAUUUUUCUUUGCUCUUGUUCGGUUUGAAAUAGUUGUUUGCCUUUGUUCUAUUUUCUGUGUAAUUGCCCUUGCAAAAAGAAAAAAAAUUAGACUUUUGCUUUAAAAGUUCUUGUUUAACACCAAUGCCAUGAAACACUGUUAUAAUUGUCAAUCAUUUAAUAUCUGUUAUUAGUUCACAUUCAUGGUCCUUCGA